AUGAGGGGGGAGUCAGAUAUCAGCCACUCCCCUAUACCGGCCACCGAGGAAGGGUCCAGUCACUUGACAGUGCCCCUAGGUGAGUGGCACGAUACGGAGACUGUCUCCUCGCUAUGUGUGGAUGAGGCAAAGGAAGCAGCUACGGUUCCAGAAGAUAAAAGAAGUAAAUGUGGGCAAUUUGUCAACACUCCCAUUAUCAAAUGGCACAAAAUUGAUGAGGAGGCUAAAGAUCAUCAGCAAACAAAAUACCAUAAUGAUUCUAUGAUUGCUGGUAUACCUAAAACAGUCUAUUAUGAAGCCACUGGAGAACUGCUUGCUCUUGUUAAUUCCUCACAUUGCUCUGUGGUGGUUCAUCUUUUUGCAGAUGCACAGACUUCAUUUCCAUCAAAGAAACAACAUAUCAACAAAACAGUAGAGCCAGAAUUCAGCAAAGAUCCCAAUUUCACUUUUAGCUCAAAUGUUCCAGAAGAUGGUGUAUUCAAAGCUAAAAACCAAAGUCUCUGUAGAUCUACCAAGAAAGCAGAGCUCCUUUCUAAAAAGACAGCAACGGUUGCACGAGGACCAGUGAGCCGGUACAGAUUGGAGACUGAGCUAAAGAAGAAAAACCAGUCAUUGGAAAUAGCCAAACAGCAACUGCAGUCAAAGCUGUCAGGCGCACAGGGCACUAUAAAAGACUUGAGAAAAAAGAAUGAAGUUCUGGAAGAAGAAGUUCAAAAGCUAAAGAAAUUUCAAAACAACUACAUGAUGAUUUUAGAAAGCAGAAAUAUUGAUCCAGUUACAGGUAAUGAAAUCUUGGAGGAAGAACACAUGAAGGAGACUCAGAAGCAAACAACGUUGCUGACAGAGAAGCUUAAAGAAGAACUAAGACUAUUCAGCGAAAUGGCUGCAAAACAGAAGGAAGAGCUUCAGACAGCAACAGCUAUGUGGAAACAGGCAGAGAAUGACCGAAACAGUUUCCUGGAGAAGCAGCCAUUCUUUCAGAGAGAACUGAAGGAGUUUGCUGCCACUGCUGGUCAGGUGGAGCUCCUCUUAGAUACGUGAAGAGUAAGGACUAAUCCUUGUCAUGUUUGUGCCCUUAUCAACAUCUCAUUGCACAUGUAACUGGUCCAGAACCAUUGUUUACUGUAAAAAAGGAAUUAAAUAAUAUUAUUAUUACUGUUAGGUCACAGUACACCAAAGUCCCUUUUUAACCAAACUGAUAAACCUAAUAGAGGUUUUAAAGUUAUUCCACUGUAUUCCCCUUCAUGGCAUAACUAACUGUUUUUUACUCUUUUGUAAAUGUAAUCUUUUAAAAAUCUUUCAGGUCUUGUGAAUUUAUCUAUAUUGCUAAGACAUACUUUAAAACAGACUUGUCUCCAUUGGGGGUAGCGCUCUUGUUUGGGUUUGUUUUAAUGUUACUCAAUUGUAAUUUCAUAUUUUUAGUAAACUUAUUACUGUUAACUUAAAUUCCACUUAAUCCACCACUUAUCGUUUUUCUCAAGCUGCAGUCCUUGCCCUUCUAGCUCAAUUCUAGCCCUCACCAGUGUUCCCUCUCAUUUUUCACACCCCUGAGCAGAAUGAAUUUUAUACUGCACUAAUAUGGUGAGGUGUGAUGUAUCGCUUUCACAUUACUGCACAUAAAAAUAUAAUGUGGGGUCAGGGGUUCAUAGAAUGG